GCCCUGGCCGUCAGCUGUUAUUCGUCAAGCGCCCGCGAUUCUCGAUUGCGUCCGCUAUUAGGAUGCGGAAUUCCCACAGAUACCGCUGAGUCAAGAGUUCCUGCCAACGAUGUUCGUGCGGCUCUGGCUCCGGAGCUUCCACAUCUAUGACCUGCUCCUCGCCAUCGGGCUGAUCACCCUCAUCGUGUACUUGUGCCUGCCCUUCCGGUUUGCCUCCCACUACGAGUACAUCGAGGAAUCGAGGAUCGAGGAGGCUCUGCUGACGCAGGUGACCAGGAAUGUGUCUCUGCAGGAGGUCUUCGAAUGCGACUACUCGGAGAUCAGCGAGAACAGGUUUGUCUACCACCUGGCCCACUACCACGACUCGGUGCAGAGGGGCGCGGAAAUUCAUCCUGGAGGCGAAUUCCGUCCGGAAGGAUGUCAGGCACGCUACAGCACCGCCAUUAUUGUGCCGUACAGGCAGCGGGAGGAGCAGCUGCACGCCUUCCUCACCUACAUGCACAAUUACCUGCCCCAGCAGCUGAUCCACUAUCGGAUUUUCCUGGUCGAGCAGUUCGAUCACAAGCCCUUCAACCGAGCGAUGCUCUUCAACAUCGGCGCCCAGGUGGCGGCCGAGUAUGGAUUCCCUUGCCUGAUCCUUCACGACGUGGACCUGCUGCCCCUGAACUCGGGUCAGAUUUACGCCUGCACCGAGCGGCCACGUCACAUGUGCUCCGCCCUGGAUCACUGGCGAUUCCGACUGCCCUAUCGCGGUCUCUUUGGCGGCGUGGUGGCCAUCAACACCGUCCAGUUCCAGCAGAUCAACGGGAUGUCCAAUCUGUAUCACGGCUGGGGCGGAGAGGACGACGAUCUCUACGAGCGUCUGCAGGCGAAGAGCAUCGAUAUCUGUCGAUUCGCGAUGGAGUUCAGUGAGUACACCAUGCUGAAGCACAAGCCGGAGCGGCCCAAUGCCAACAGGGUGGCGCUACUGAGGGCGGCGACUAUGCGCCAGCACUCGGACGGACUCAACUCGCUGGUGUACAAGGAGGUGGAGCGGCGAAUGCACAGCCUGUUUACCCACAUCCUGGUGGAGACCUGAGAGCCAGUAAUUGUUAUAUUUUAGCUUGUAGGCCAAACGUUUAAAUAGUCGGUACCUCUAAUUGUUUUACACAUGGGUGCACUUAGCUUAGCAUCCGAUUAGCUGCCGCCUUAGACAAUGCGUUCCGAAUCGAUCGUGAUAUCUCACCACUAGGCUAAGAAGCUGGAAAGGAAGGGAGUAGUCGAAGCUGUAAUUGAAGUACAAUGCAGAUGUAUGAGAUUAACCGGGUAUCGCCAUGUUAAGCACGCUCUGCCUCUGCCAAAAAUAAAUGGAGUAAAAUGUGAAA